UAAAUCUGGAGAUGUUUCUUCUGUGUUUCUCCAAUCAACCGACAUCCUUAAAAUCGGCUUCAGAGAUGUGUGCGGGAAAAAAUAUUUGUAAGGUUGGUAUUAGCAAAGAAUAAAUAAUAGCUACUGCUACUGCGACUACAACAACUACAACAGCGAGUGGAGCAGACGACCCACGGUAAACAUGGCUGCAAACAAGCCGAAAGACUGGGACAAUCUUGAGAUAAAAACGCGCAGCAUCGAGAGGACCCUGCUGCCCCUCGUCAAACAGAUCUCCUCGCUGGUGUCCCAUGGCGAGCACCGGGACCGGCCGCUGCGCUCGGUGCGCGCCGUGGCCCGGGUGGGGCAGGCCGUCAACCUGGCCGUGGAGAGGUUCGUCACCGUGGGCGAGACCAUCGCGGACGACAACCCAGAGAUUAAGACUGACAUGUACGACGCCUGCAAGGAAGCGAGGACAGCGGGAUCUAGAAUAGAGUUUGUGUACCUGUGGUCGGCCGGGCACUGGUCGGUGUGCGGCUGUCGGAGGGGUGGGAGGCACUUGCACUCUCGCCGCCUAUGCUGUCCGCUGGAGGACUCUGGAUCUCUGGACCCCAACUUCCCGUCUUUGCAGGAGGACUGGGAUGCGUGCCGCACGGUGUACGGCGCGCUUAAGCACCUCGAGGACAUGGUGGAGAUGACCAGGAUCACGCUCAUCGGACCUGGCUGCAGGGAACGCAUGACCAACGGCCUUGACACCAUCCUGGAGAGGGUCCAGGACUUUACCGACUCGGCCUACACGACGCACGAGCACCGGGAGAACAUCCUCCUUAUCUGCGAUAGGGCAAAGCUCCAGCUCAGUCAGUUACUCAGAGUGGGCAUCAGUAUGGACCAGGUGGAAGGGACCUCGCCCACCGAGGAGAUGGAAGUGGCCAUGCUGGGCCUGCUGCAGGCUGUGCGGGACAUGAGGGUGCAGCUGGUGCGCACCGUGGUGGACCAGACCACGGACCUGCAGGCCACCACCAAGACGGGCCUCGAGAUCACGGACGCCAUCAGGAACUACGCGCUCGCGGCCGACACGGAGCGGAUAGACGAGCUGGGCGAGAGGUUCCAGGAGGUGCUGGAUCACAUUCUGGAGGUGUGUAAGAUGCUGAGGCACAUUGCCUGCACCGACACGCUGCAAGUCAACACCAGGUACGCCGAGAUCAACCUCAGGAUAUACGGGCCGCAGGUGGUGACGGCGGCGCAGACCCUGGCCAUGCACCCACAGUCCAAGGUGGCGCGCGAGCACAUGGAGGUGUUCUCGGACAUGUGGCAAGCGCUGAUGACGGAUGUGAGCGCCGCGUGCCGCGAGGUCAUCGAGGUGAGCCAGGCCCGGGGGAUGGACAAGCACGUCUACAUGUCGCUGCCGAGGCCGGGGAAACACGGCACCACCACCAAGCCGCUCAAGUCCGUGCGGCUGGACCCGGAGGAGCAGGCCAAGAUCGCCAAGGCCGGACUCGACAUGAAGCUGGCCAGCAGCGAGAUGGAGGCGGAGGCGGACAAGUGGCGGGAGUCGGAGGAGAACAACGACAUUGUCAAGCGAGCCAAGAACAUGUCAUCCAUGGCCUUCUCCAUGUACCAGUUCACGAGAGGGGAGGGCGCGCUCAAGACCACGCAGGACCUCUUCACGCAAGCCGAGUACUUUGCCGAGGAGGCAAACAGACUGUACAAGGUCGUCAGACAGUUCUCCUACCAGGUGCCGUCCAGCACGCACAAGAAGGAGCUCCUGGAGCACCUGGACCGCGUGCCCACCUACGUGCAGCAGCUGCAGUUCACCGUCAAGAACUCGACGGUCGGCAAGGCGGCCACGUUCACCAAGGUGGACAACGUGAUACACGAGACUAAGAACCUUAUGAAUGUCAUAUCCAAGGUGGUCACCACGUGCUUCGUGUGCGCCACUAAGUAUAACCUGGACUUCCGCGGGCUGUCCGCCCAUGGUUCGUCCGGCUCCCCGUACCGUGAAGAUGAGGGGGUGGGGUCCGGCGCGGGCGGCGAGGGUAAGGGUGGGGGGUCUGGCGGCUCGGACCCCUCCAUGUGACAGUUCGGGAUGGGCCGGAGGGCCAAGGGCGAUGCCCGGCGCACUCGCGUGUCCUUCCUGCUCUUCUAGACACCGGGCGCCGGACGCCCGCGGAGGUUCGCGUCAUACGACGUGCCUCCGCACCGUAGGGACCUAGCGCUGCCCCGCGGCCGGGGCCCUGCGGCGCGGGCGGGGGUUGUGCGGGGCGGGGGACCCAUCGGGGCUCGGCCAGAGAGACUUGGUAUGACUUCUCGCGCAAUGUGUAAGGGGAAGAGUCCUCACUCUCAGAAACUGUUGCGUUUUAAAGCACAUUGUCAUUUACGUCUGACUAGUUGGAGAACGUUUUAUGUGGCAGCUCAUUGUACCAGCUCGGAUGCAAAGAUUACAUUUAAAAAGUACAAUUUAUUCUCAGUCACUGCUGUUUUAUACUUGACAACACAAGUAGUUGGGAACAAAAUUUUCUUUUACUAAACUUGAAUUUAUUCAAUUUGAUUAUAACGGGUUGUACAUUUAGUCACUGAGUUAUUUUGAAUGUAGAGCCAACGUUUGACUUCCCAGCACAGUAAUUCUGACAAAAUCCUUUUAGCUCGAAAUCUUUUGCGUGUUACUUAUCGGAUUCUCUCUGGUCUUUUUUAUCUGCCAUCCGUAUGGACCCCCGCCUCGUCCCUUCCAGCCAGACCGCGGGGCCCUGGUAUAGCGCGACCCCGCGUCGCCUCGCACAGCUGGGGACGUCGCUGCUGCCUGAAAACAGAAAGCGGCCCCGGUGUGAGAGGCGGACGCGGGGGCGCGCUUCCCCAGGCAAACGCUCCGCGCGCAAGGCAAAAAGAUUGCAACGAACAAAGGGGUGUUGAGAGUCACUGCGGACAUUAGAAAAUAUCAGGAGUUGAUGCUGGUAUAGCUGUGGAUCUUUCACCGAGUAACAUCACAGAGUGACUGCGCUGACUGCGCUUGGUGCUCGUGCCUUGGCGUUGAAGGUUUGCCUGGGUUCGUAUGCCGUCUGUUUGAAAGGACCUUCUCUGGGUGUGGUCGACGGCGGAACAUUUUCGUUACUUUAUACAAAAUACUUUACAUAUCAACGUUGAUUCGCUGACGACAAGUGUUCCGCUGAGAACUACUACCCACUCUGCAUUCAGACCAUUGGUAUGCGCUGAUGGUUUUUCUCAAAAUGAUUGUCGCUGCAGGUUUGCAAAAAAAUGUGAAGUGUCUACCUUUUUCUGAAUGCAGUAGUUGGAAGGUCUGCAGCACUGAACUGUAUAAGCUGGCUUUAGGUGUUAUUAUAUUACCAAAAUAUUUCUUGUCUUCCUUAAGAUUACAAAUAUGAAGUGAGUGGCAAACCAUUCUUGGGAAAAACUCAAUUUAAUUCUUUUCUGAAAGAAAGAGAAUUUUUUUAAAAAGUGAUAUUAGUUUUAAAAGACAUGGAGAAAAACUAGCCAGCUUGCACAUUUAGUGUUACAACUGAUGAAAGAAUUCGUAUAUCUGAAGCUCCUCUAUAUUGGUUACUGUAUAGGUAAAGUGUAUCUGGAUUUGUACUGUUGCAGGUUAAAAACUACUAGGUAACAUAUACCUUGUUAUCUUAUGAUAAUGUUUGAAAAGUAGAGGAGGGGUUGCCAGAUAUACAAACACUGUAGAAACUUUUGUUUUCAAAACUUAAAAUUAUUUUCAUACUUUGUCAGAACUCUGUAAAAUAUUGCUUUACCAACUUUCUUACUGUGAAGUACAUCUCAAGCUGAUUUACUUCGAAACAAAAUUUCUGCAGUGUGUCUUGAGAAUGGCGGGGCAGCGCUAAAAAUAGGAAACAAAUUAUCAUUUUUCAGAGGUGACCACCACCUAUGACAUUCAAAACAAAGUGAACUUUUGAUCAGUGCCAUAAUGGGAUGUUUUCCCUGAACUGUGAGGACAAACAGUAUUCAACUCAAUAAUCGAGGUCAUUUUAUCUGGUGUUAACAGCCUCGGCUGGUCAUGUGCUUCCACCUAAGUUGUUAUUUAUUGUUGUUGUUACAUAUUUGUUACCCUGCCUCUCCCCCCAUCGAUCUAAUUCAAUCCCUUUGUAUGAAACCCUACUGUCUGAAUAUUGUGAAAAAUGACUGAAGCCCUGAGACUUACGACCCUCUUGUACCUUGAAAUUGUGGAGCUUAUAUUGUUUUUGAGUGUUUUAAGUGAUAUAAAUUUGUGCAAACUCCAAAGAACAAGUCCUUUUCAGUUCCUGUAGAGUCCAUUUUGGUUCCUGUAUGCUAUGCCAUUGUAACUGAAAAGAGGAAGAACGCUUGAUGUGGAAACCAUACCAAAGUAGAUAGCAAUUUUUUUGUCAUAAUGCUAUUGUAUUAUAGGUAUCAUAGGUGCCUACGAUGUUUACAUGUGUACGUAAGCUAAGACUCAACAUUCAGGCUGGGGCUUUCAUGCCCUUAUUAAUAUUUUGUUGUUAUGUAUUAACUUAAUGUAUUUGAGAUUGUUUAGCGGAUUAUUCAUUUAAUCAUAUCUCUCUGCGUAUCAGAUGGUUUUGCUUUACUUUUUAAAUGUGUGAUAAGUGAUAAUGUAUGUAAUUGUGUUAUAUAAAUGAGUUAUAUUAAGUGUUUUACAUGUCUGUUUGAACUUUAAAACUGUACUUGGCCUUUUUUCUCUGAUAUUUGUAAAAUUAUGGUAUGGAAAGAAAAUUCCGAAUUUAAAACUGUUCUCUAGUCUAUAUGAUAGCAUUUGCUAAGAGUCAUUUUUUGUGUAUAUUCCUUACCUGUGUGGAGCUACCUCAGACAGGAAGCAUUUCGUAUUCUCAUUCCCGAAGCUUUUACUGUAUGUUGAUUUACCUGUGUAAUAAUGACUCAAUGUUGAAUUCAAUUUAUGAUCUGUGGUGUUGGUGGGUCAGUAGCAGUCUGCACCGACUAAGAAACUAUUUUUGUAUGAAGCCUGUAAGAAGAUAAAUGUGCCACUCUUCAUAGUGUGGUUUGGAACCAAAGAGCAGCUUCCAAGCAAGUUUUAUUGUUACUGUGAUUCUAUUGAAACUCUCUUUUAGAAACAAUCAUGUGUAUCAAAGAGUUUCAAGAUGAACACUAGUUUUGCUUUGAAUAAUUUAUUAAAGUUGGUAGACAUUUUUAUGACAAGGUUCUCAAAACAAAAAAAUAUAUUUAGCUCAACAAGGCCUGAAAAAGGUGAGAGUUGACAAUCAUUUAUGUGACACAUUUAAUGGCUUUUACGAUUUGAAUCUUAGAGUUUAGUGACAUUUCGAUGGUGUUCAUUAAUAAAAAGUAAUCUAAAUGGGUAUCAAUUUAAUAAGGGAUCAGUGCGAUGGUACUUUUUGUACACUUUUUGUAUGAAUAUGCUGUGUAGCUCUGAUCCUGACUUUGAAGCUACCCCGGUGGUGUAUGGUACAGUAAAAAAAAUGAGUUUUAUAUUAUUGGUUAUGACAUGAAAUUCAUUAUUAGUUGUGUUUUGAACUAGUCACAGAUUCAUAUGAAUAUUUGAUUCCCCUGACUCAGAGCUUGGUCAUCGCAGAUCUGUCAGUUAAUUAUAAAAGUGGAUUAUUGCUUAUGAAAUGUUUCUAUUUUGUAAAAACUUUAUUAAGCUACAAUAUAUGUUUUAUUGGUUAAAUGUUGCCUUCAGUUAGAUUUCUUGCCUGAGUUUGCCUAGAUGGUGUGGCUCAUAGAAUUGUAAUGGUAUUGUUAUUUUUUAAAAGUAUAUUUUUUUGUAUUUUUAAUGUUUAGGUUGUUGGUGCUGUUGAAAAUAGAGUUAGGCUGGCUAAUCCAAUAGCUUCAGGAAAUCAGUUUUAUUAGUAAUCGUUUCAACUUGACAUUGUUCUUUGUUGUCUUGCAGUACUUUGAAAAAGCUUUUGUUUAAAGACAUACCAAUAGUGUUCAGUGUAUGUUUUGUUAGAUUUGCCGUGAUAGAACUGUUGUGCCAAACUCUCCUCAUUUGUGUGUUAGCUUUUAACAGUAAUCCACGGGUUCGUCAGACGCUUCCCUACAGAUCUUGAAAUAUGAAUUGUGAAUUUUGUCAUGUUGUCAUUCAUGAGUGUCUGUUAUAGUCAUCUUUUGAUUUUCCUUAUUAUAAAUCUGCAUUAGGCCUGUGAUUUGCUUUGGGGGCUCCUUAAUGUCAGGGAAUCAAUUUCAUGAACUGCAUUUAUUUUCUGUUCAAAUUCAGACAAUGUGAAUUCAAUUUAUCAGUGUUGUAAUUUAUACUUUAUGUCUAUUUUUGUAACAGCAAAUCAUUUGUUAAAUCUGAGCCUAUGCUCUGUAGGUAACCUCUCAGUAUGAUUCAGAGUUGAAGAAAAGAAUAAUAAAUUAAUCCCAAAAAGCUGUUUAUGUUUUGGGAUUUAUUUCCAGUUUUAUUUUGUAUAUGGCAUUCAGACUGUGGCGACAAACUUUUGGAAAUGUUUCUGUUUACGAAGCUGAAUUAUUCCAAUACGAAUAAUGUUCUCAAUUUUAAAACACCUAUUCUACUUUACCCCUGUAUUUGUAGCUUCAUGACUGAUUAUACUACCUAUCAUAAAAAAAAACUCUGUGUUCAUCCUGAGAUUUGGACCUGCAGUUCACAUAGGUCUCAUCACUUAGGAGGUAAUUACCGUUGUGCAAAUUGCUAUGAGCUAUUUGGCUGAAUUUAAUCAGCGGUGGAAAUGUAAUCAACUGCGCUUUAGGUCAUAUCAUUUUCUAAAUCAAUGGAAGUAAUCCAUGCCUUCUCUGUUAAAUGUAUGAGCCUUCUAGACUAGAUUACUUGCCUCAAACAAAAAAUUUUGACCGUGGUUUAUGCAUAUAUAGAAUUAUUCUUAUAGCAAUAUCCCAUGCAGUCUGUUUUAGAACAGAGACAGAAUGUGUAGUGUGCUCAAUUCCACUUUCCUCCCGAAUUGUAGUUAAGGUAUUUUUUAUUAAAUUAUGCAAAACUAUUGUGACAAAAAGACAUUAACUCUCUCAACUGGAUAUGUUGCAAAAUUUAAUAAGACUUGAUUGUUGUGAUAUCAGAUCAUCAGAUCAAACGUUAAUGCUUCAGCCUAGCUGACAGCAGCCUGUGAAGUACAAUCGCAAACUUCGCUAUCUGAAUAUAUGUGGUCUGUUUAUUAAUGCGCCUCUAAUAUCAGGUCCUAUCAAUAAAAAAUUCUUCUUGUUUCUGCUCUUCUAGCAGUCUUAGAGUUUCCGGCCCUCGGUGGCUUUUUUCUCUUUACCGCUUUUCUUCUUUUCUAUUCCACAGGAAAUUGCAAGCCAAUAAUCCUUACUUGAUCAAAGAAUCUCUAGGCUCCUAUCAAGUCUGAUUCUUAUGUUCUAAUGUUUCCAUGACAUGUGAAUGGAUUAAUUGGUCUGUUCCCCUUUUUAAUGGACAGUCCUGAUAUUGCUGCAUUUAUUGUGUUGUAGGAGGUUUUAGAUGCAGACCAACCAGUUCAUUAUUACAAUUCAUAAUCUUUCUACUUUAGAAUUUUUUAUUUCAAUCACCAAAUGUCAUUCAGUUUUCAAAACAUAUCAUUGUAGAUUGGGAGGUAUGUAACUGAAGCUUUCUUUAAGUCUAGAUGUUUUCUUAAAUGUUCUUAUUGAUGUCCUGAAGGCAAAUGAAUGUGAGUAGAGCAGUUUUCUUUUUUAUAAUGAUGUUGUGUAUGUUGUGUAACUGUGUAUCAUGUGUAUAUGUGUCUAUUGAAGUACAAACCAUGAGAGUUAUUUUAUUUAUUUAAUUGUACUAAAAGUGGUUGAGCUUAGAUAUUUUUUGUGGAGGCAACAAAAUAAAUAUCCUUUAAUUAUGUUAUAGAACUGAGAUUUGUAUUUUUGUUUCUGUGAACAAUAAAUUGUUUGCAUUGUCUUUUACUGCUAAA